AAUUGUUUAGUUAUUUGCUUGUUUUCCUUUUUUACAUUUAUUUUUUUACACCCAUAUGUGAGAAGGUUUUUAGAAAACUUCCUGCUGUUUGUAAUCAUUAAAAUAAACAGACUUUGAGGAAAAGUCGGAGAAAUAUGAAUCAAACAAGGAAACACAGAUGGGGUUGGAGUAGCUGCUCCCCGUCCUGGAAUGUAGAAAAGUUUGAUGACUCCUCCCUGUGUUGUGUAACGACAAUGAAGCUGAACCUUAAAUAAAACACUCACAGGUGAGUCAGAGUCAGACAGGCUUCGUCUCUGAGAGGUGAAAUGGCGCAGAAAGGAGUUCAGCUGGACCAGGAGACCAUCUGUUGUUCGAUCUGUCUGGAUCUACUGAAGGAUCCGGUGACUAUUCCCUGUGGACACAGCUACUGCAUGAACUGUAUUAAAACCCACUUUGAUGGAGAGGAUCAGAAACCCGUCUACAGCUGCCCUCAGUGCAGGAAGGACUUCGCAUUGAGGCCCGCUCUGCUGAAGAGCACCAUGUUAGCAGAAUUAGUGGAGGAGCUGAAGAAGACUGGCCUCCCAGCUGCUCCUGCUGCCCACUGCUAUGCAGGACCUGAAGAUGUUGCCUGUGAUGUCUGCAGCGGGAGAAAACUGAAAGCCUUCAAGUCCUGUCUGCAGUGUCUGGCCUUGUACUGUGAGGAACACCUCCAGCCUCAUUAUGAAUCGUCUACAUUUAAGAAACACAAGCUGGCGGAGCCCUCCAAGAAGCUGCAGGAGAACAUCUGCUCUCGUCAUGAUGAGGUGAUGAAGAUGUUCUGCCGGACCGAUCGACAGUCUAUCUGUUAUCUCUGCUCUGUGGAGGAACAUAAAGGCCACGACACGGUCUCAGCUGCAGCAGAAAGGAGCGAGAGGCAGAAAGAGCUGGAGGUGAGUCAACUCAACAUCCAGCAGAGAAUCCAGGACAGAGAGAAAGAUGUGAAGCUGCUUCAACAGGAGCUGGAGGCCAUCAAUCACUCUGCUGAUAAAGCAGUGGAGGACAGUGAGAAGAUGUUCACUGAACUGAUCCGUCUCAUGGAGAAAAGAAGCUCUGAGGUGAAGCGGCAGGUCAGAUCCCAGCAGGAAACUGAAGUGAGUGGAGUCAAAGAGGUGGAGGAGAAGCUGCAGCAGGAGAUCAGAGAGCUGAAGAGGAAAGACGCUGAGCUGAAGAAGCUAUCACAGACAGAGGAUCACAACCAGUUUCUACACAGCUACCCCUCACUGUCAGCACUCAGCCCGUCUACAUCCAGCACCCAGAUCCGUCCUCGCCGCCGCUUUGACCACGUGACAGCGGCCGUGUCACGAGUCAGAGACAAACUGCAGGACGUUCUGAGAGACAAAUGGACAGACGUCUCACUGACUGAAGUGGAUGUUUCACUGCCGGCAGCAGAGCCAAAGACCAGAGCUGAGUUCUUACAAUAUUCACGUGAAAUCACUCUGGAUCCAAACACAGCACACACAGAGCUUUUACUAUCUGAGGGGAACAGGAAAGUAACAUUCACGAGUCAACAAUCUUAUUCUGAUCAUCCAGACAGAUUCACUGGUUAUAAGCAGGUCCUGAGUAGAGAGAGUCUGACUGGACGUUGUUACUGGGAGGUGGAGCUGAGAGGAGUAGUUCAUUUAGCAGUGUCCUACAAGAACAUCAGCAGAGCAGGGAGGUCAGAGAACUGUAGGUUUGGAUCUAAUCACAAAUCUUGGGCAUUAGAUUGUUACGAUUUAAAAUUUUGGUACAACAGAGUUCACACUUCCGUCUCAGGUCCUCGGUCCUCCAGAGUUGGAGUGUACCUGGAUCACAGUGCAGGUAUUCUGUCCUUCUACAGUGUUUCUGAAACCAUGACCCUCCUCCACAGAGUCCAGACCACAUUCACUCAGCCGCUCCACACUGGAGUUUUGCUUUAUUGGUUUGGACACUCUGCUGAGUUCUGUAAACUGAAAUAAACAGAAGUGCUUUUUCAGACCCCUGACAAGACAGAUCACAUUGAGGAUCCCUCAUGUGUCUCUGUGAAUAAUUUCACUUCUGUCAUCUUUACAAUGUAAAAAAACAAAAACACAAAUUAACUGUAUUAUAAUGAUUUUAGACAAUUAUUA